AUGCCAGCAUCAUCAGCACAGGCUCCUGGGUUAGCCAAGAGAGGACGGGCGACUCACGAUGUCGACGGACCAGGCACCGGCGCAAUCCCGUGCAAGAAGCGUAGGAUACGUUUGCAUCUCAUCACAAGCCGGCUCUCACAACCAUACUCGCUGCCAGCGACGCACAUCAUCAACCGAGAGACCGGCGAUGACACGCCAGUGCUGAGUAGGUUCCUGAAGCUCGCCAUAGUGGGUUCCCAGAAGGUGGGACACCAGAGUGCGCUGGUGCGGAAGGCCGCGAUACUGAACCGGGUUCGGAUCGGAGUAAGGCAGGCGGCGGUUUCAAGGGGCCACACGCUUGUGGUAGACAUGGCCGCACGUGGGAACGCUCUCAACCACGGUCUGCAGCUGGUCACGACAUCCUCGUCGUCGACUGGGGCGAAGUUCCCCUGUCCCUCCUCCAGCCAGACUCACCAGAUGCGUCCGGUGUGGCGGCCGCACACGGCAGCCUUUCAUGCGUUCACGCUAGAGACGGAUUCUUCUGGCCAGUAUGUCCAUGGUUCAGCCGAAGUGAGCCAUGCAGAUACAAAGAUGGUGCCACGACGUGAAGUCUCGAAACCCGAGAAUAUGCAUCCUCAAGAAGACGCCACCACAAGUGGGCAGACCGAAGUGGAUGACGAGACUUCAUUUCCAGCCUUCGAUUUCAGCAGCCGCUACAUAGACCUCUCGGAUGAUGACCUGGAUGAUGUCUAUGCCGAUUUUGGCUUAUUAUUCGGACCCGGUGCUCGAUCCCCCGAGACCGAGGCAGUGGGCGGCGACGCGGCGGCUAAUGGGCAUUUCUAUGAGGAGUAUCUCGACGAGCUCGAUGGUAUUCCGUGGCUUACCUGA